GGCCGGGAGGCGGGGCUUUGGGAAGGCGGAGAGGAAGGCGUGUGCAAGGCGGGGUCCCGCGCAGGUCGGGUAAGCGCGUCUACGGCGGUGCGCGGCGCGGCGAAAAUGGCGGCUUCCAGCUGGGCGCGCAAGGCCGUGGUCGUGCUUUGUGCCUCUGACCUGCUGCUGCUGCUGCUGCUGCUACCACCGCCUGGGUCCUGCGCGGCCGAAGCCUCGCCCGGGACGCCCGACGAGUCUACCCCACCUCCCCGGAAGAAGAAGAAGGAUAUUCGCGAUUACAAUGAUGCAGACAUGGCGCGUCUUCUGGAGCAGUGGGAGAAAGAUGAUGACAUUGAAGAAGGAGAUCUUCCAGAGCACAAGAGACCUUCAGCACCUGUCGACUUCUCAAAGAUAGACCCAAGCAAGCCUGAAAGCAUAUUGAAAAUGACGAAAAAAGGGAAGACUCUCAUGAUGUUUGUCACUGUAUCAGGAAGCCCCACUGAGAAGGAGACAGAGGAAAUUACGAGCCUCUGGCAGGGCAGCCUUUUCAAUGCCAACUAUGACGUCCAGAGGUUCAUUGUGGGAUCAGACCGUGCUAUCUUCAUGCUUCGCGAUGGGAGCUACGCCUGGGAGAUCAAGGACUUUUUGGUCGGUCAAGACAGGUGUGCUGAUGUAACUCUGGAGGGCCAGGUGUACCCUGGCAAAGGAGGAGGAAGCAAAGAGAAAAAUAAAACAAAGCAAGACAAGGGCAAAAAAAAGAAGGAAGGAGAUCUGAAAUCUCGGUCUUCCAAGGAAGACAAUCGAGCUAGGAAUAAAAGAGAAGACCUGUGAUGGGGCAGCAGUGACGCGCUGUGGAGGGACAGGUGGACGUGGAGAGCUCUUUGCCCAGCUCGUGGGGUGGGAGUGGUCUCAGGCAAGUGCACACCGGAUGACAUUCUAGUGUCUUCUAGAAAGGGUCUGCCACAUGACCAGUUUAUGGUCAAAGAAUUACUGUUUAAUAGGCUUCAAGUAAGAAGACAGAUGUUUUCUAAUUAAUACUGGACACUGACAAAUUCAUGUUUACUAUAAAGUCACCUUCCAUGGAAAUGUGACUGUGUUGCUUUUCCCCAUUUACACUUGGUGAGUCAUCGACUCUACUGAGAUUCCACUCCCCUCCAAGCACCUGCUGUGAUUGGGUGGCCUGCUGUGUCCAUGUUUUUUAUUUUCUGUCAACUAAAAGGAUAGCAAAUUCUGAUCAGAGGAGACUUUAAAAUUCUUGACUUAAUUGAGUAAACUCUUCAUGCUAUAUACAUCAUUUUCAUUAUGUUAAAGGUAAAAUACGCUUUGUGAACUCAGAUAUCUAUAGCCAGGAAGCCAGGGUGUGUAAAUCCAAAAUCUAUGCAGGAAAUGUGGAGAAAAGAAAAUAUGUCACUUGAAAUCCUAAGUAGUUUUGAAUUUCUUUGACUUGAAUCUCACUCAUCAGUAAAAGAGAACUCUUGGUGUCUGUCAGGUUUUAUGUGGUCUGUAAAGUUAGGGGUUCUGUUUUGUUUCCUUGUUUAGGAAACAGUACUGCUGGUGUCGAGGGCUUAUAUGUUCCAUUUAAUGUGACAGUUUUAAAGGAUUUAAGUAGGGAAUCAGAGUCCUUUGCAGAGUGUGACAGAAGACUCAAUAACCUCAUUUGUUUCUAAACAGGUUUCUUUGAUAAAGUGCCUAAAUCUGUGCUUUCGUAUGGAGUAACAUGAUGUACUACUGUUAAUGUCUGAUUUUGCCGUUCAUAUGCCGUUCACAUGUUAGAGCCUACGGUGAAUAAGAGUUAGAACAUUUAUAUACAGAUGUCAUUUCUAAGAACUAAAAUUCUUUGGGUAAAACCAUCAAUUGUGAUUUUAAGAAAUUAAAAAUAGCACAUUACAUGGUUAGAAAA